CUAACUGAGCUCCGAGAUGACCCGUGUGGACCAGAUCCCUGGGCCGGGUCCGCCCAGGCCCCCUCAGCACGGCGGGGCCAUCUCAACAAGGCUCUUGCUGGGGAAGAAGCAGGACAGAACCUGGGACUCCAGUCACACUCCGGGGCCCAGGCUUGCCACGAUCUUUACUUUGGGCGCCCAAGGACCAGGCCAGACCGGCUCAAAGAUCCGAGUGCCUCUCCUUUCAGCACCGGGGUCCCUUCCCCACCAACCCUGUCUGCUCUCGGCCGCUGCCCAGGGCACAGGCGUGGGAAGCGGCUAUGAGGCCGCGCGGCCACAAGAGGGAGCAAGGACACGGAGUCUGGCAGCGCGGGUGUCUCCCGCCUUCAUCUCCCCAGCACCCACGCAGGACGGGAUCGCGGCGCUGGGUGCGCUGUGGAGGUGGCGGCCAACAGGCCAGUCCCCAGCUAUGGAAAAGGAGCCCAGCCGUGCCCUGGCCGAGGCCGAGGACAGUGCCAACCCCAUCACUCGUUCACUCACUCUGGCUCUCCCUGAGGUGACCGUGGCGACUCCAUCUCGCAAGUCAGAUGUUAUUCAGACCCCUUCCCCGUGCCCCUGGCAGGAUUUGGCAUCCCCGCUGCAGAGAGAUCUCCUUCUGCCCACACGGCGGCACCCUGACUAUGGCCGUGUUCAGGGAGCCGGAUUCUUCUUGACUGAAGUGGCACCCUGA